AUGGGGGACAUGAGAAGAACAGAGACAGACGAAGGGGGCAGAGACGUAGAAGGGGGCAGAGACGUAGAAGAGGACAGAGACGUAGAAGAGGACAGAGACGUAGAAGAGGACAGAGACGUAGAAGAGGAUAGAGACGUAGAAGAGGGCAGAGACGUAGAAGAGGACAGAGACGUAGAGGAGGACAGAGACGUAGAAGAGGGGCUACAACAGGUAUAUCAUACUGGUUUGAAGUACUUGUGUAUAUAUAGAUAUUCAAGAUUAAUGUCUUUGGUAACUUUUUGGGGUCGCUGA